AUGUUCGUCAUCAAGGCUACGUUGAAGGAUGAGACGAGGCGAUUGGUCUUUGAUGGCUCCAAGUUCCCGCUCUACUGGGAGGUUCAGCAAAAGCUGCGUUCCAGCUUCAACCUACCCUCUAUCACCCAUACCUAUUGGGUCAAUGUGACGAUCUACCCAAAUGAUAGCGAAGAGGCGAGAAUCAUGUUCAAGCAACAUAUCUGUGAUGCUUCCGAAUACGAGGCUGCACAGCUCCCGUUCAAACACGCCAAUCUCCCGGCACCGGCUUUAGCACUUACCGUCCUUUUGACCUCUGAUCCGCGACUCAAAACGAUCCAUUGUUUCCAUCGAGGUCAGACCCUUCUUUCCACUUUGGAUAACCUUCAAGUACCCAUUGCCAAGAUGCAAGAGGACCUCUCGCAACGCCAAUCACUUCUCUCCGCUCUCGAGUCCAAGCUCGCUUCCUGCGAACGGGAGAAUGAUCGACUGGGGGUCGCUUUCUGGGGAGACCGGGUCCGAGACAAGAAACAAGCCAUCGACGUUAUCGAGAAGAAUUUCACCUCGUACAUGAAGGAAUGCGACUCGAUCCGAGCCGAGCUUGACGGUCCAUUCCUCGGCACUUCAAUGAACCACUUUAUCCAGGAUGAAAGCAAGGAGGAGGCUUCUCGAACCCAGCAGACUCUCGAAGAAUUUGCCGUCUGGCGAGCUGCAGAAGAUCCUGAGCCCGGCUCACACUUCCCUCCUUUGGAAGAUGUCCUCCGACCUCGACACCAUCAUGCUCGUGGCCACCAGCAUCAUGGAGGACGCCGACAUGACGGCAUCAACGACUUUGUCCGUCGCGUGACAGAUGUCGUCAAUGCCCCUGCUCACGGUUCUCCCUUGGCUCCCAUCCACGAGCUCAGAACUUAUCUUGAUGGUUUCCUUGCCAAUUUUUCCAAUCAGCUGGCAAACACCUUCGAUGGCGCUCCUUCCCCUGCUCAAGAAGUAGACCCCGUUGUUCCCGGCGCCUUUGUCAACUCGCAGACUGAUGUGCAAACCCAGACAAGCCCCUCGACCGAGUCGGGACCUGCUCCUCGUCCUUGCAAUGGACUUGGCAAGGGCGGAUUCCGACACAAGCACAUCUCGUGCGAUGGUUGUUGGACCGGAAUCCGAGGUAUGCGCUACAAGUGUGAGCAAUGCCCAGACUACGAUCUUUGUGGAUCGUGUCUGCCAUUGCUCCACACGGGUGAUCUGCAUCCGCCAAACCACACCUUCCGAGCCAUGCUCCAUCGCGGUCUAGAAGACCGGAUCAAGCUUUCUGGAACCGUCCAGAACUCCAGAGCUCGUCAUCCUGCCUCUUGCGACCUUUGUUCGCAGAGCAUCAUUGGGACGAGGUGGAAGUGUCUCAAUUGCCCUGAUUGGGACUGCUGUGACUCCUGCUCUGCAACGAUGAACGAAACCCACCCUGGACACUCGUUCGUCAAGCUUUACAAGGGAGCCGACUACAUCACCAGUGAGGCCGAGGACAUGAAGAACAACGUCAAGCAUCCACACAUCAUUUGUGAUGGUUGCGAUAAGCAGAUCCGCGGUGCAAGGUACAAGUGCAUGCACCCCGACUGUCCCGACUAUGAUCUCUGCGAGAAGUGCGAAUGCUCCCCAUUUCCUGUUCAUCCAGAGACCCACCCGAUGCUCAAAACCAAGGUUCCUCUCCGUAUCGAUGCCAAGACGACUCUGGAGACUCUGGAGGUAAUCCCCACCCGACGAGCCGCCCGUGCUUUCGAGAACUUCCAGCAUGCUCGGGUCAAACUUCCUGCUUCAUCCGUUGCAGAGCCUCUGAUCAAGAUCGAGACCGAAGAGCCAAAACUCCCCGGUAGCUAUGUCAUCGACGCCGCCAAGCCCAUACCUCAGACCAUGAUGUGCGACAUGGAGUCUGGAUUCUUCGCCGCUCUUUCCACUGAGAUGGCACAGGUCCAAAAGUCUUUGGACGUCGAAAAGCUCACUGAGCAGCUCGAGGUCGUGCACAUGGCAGAAGCCGUCGAGCCAAAAGUUGAGGUCGAGGCUUCAGUUCAGACUGAGCUCCUCAAGGAUGAAUCCCGGACGGAGGCUGUUGCCACAAUCGAUGAGCCCAUGGACAUUUCUGAGGAGGCACAGGCCGAGUCCGCGAAGGCUUUCGAGACGACCCCCUUCCUUGCUGUCUGCCCAGCUGCCCCCGAGGCCUCGCCAAGCGCCCUUGCCGUUACACCCCUGGACAUUUGCUCUUGGGUCCGACACACAACGAUCGGACCUGGCUCCACUCUGCCCGCCGGUGCCGAAUUCACCAAGACUUGGCGAUUGAAGCACUUUGCAUCUGGAUCCGAAUUCAAUUUUGAAAGGCUCAAGCUGGUGCUCAAGUCUGAGGGCCUAUGUGGCGAAGCAUGCGACAACGUCAAUGUGGUAUUGAAGAAGAAUGACAUUGUGAACGAUGAAGAGAUGGAAGUCUCGAUUCAUGGCCUUCGGGUACCCGACAUGCCUGGACAUGAGAUUUUGGAGUACUGGCGAUUCGAGGAUGAGCAUGGAGUCUCAUACGGUCAGCCGUUGAGGCUGAGGUGA